GCUGUCGUUUUAUCACACCACGCACGUUAGCGACAUGAGCGGGUCAAACGCUAAAAAGGGCUCUUCCUCUGGUGUCAUGGAGUGGAUUAGCUCGGCCUGUCGGUUUGCAACAGACAGAAACGACUUCAGAAGGAAUCUUCUGGUCAACUUAGGCUUGUUUGCAGCUGGCGUUUGGGUUGCAAGGAAUCUUUCAGAUUUCGAUCUGAUGUCUCCUCAGCCAGUGACAUAACGUGACCAAGAUCUAUCAAAAUCAAGAUGAUGGCAACUUGGGCCAACAAAGAAGAAGCAAGGGACACAAAUAAAUGCUCGUGAAACCUUU